GAGGACAAAGGGCUGCAUUGCUUCAAUCUGUCUGGCGAAGGAAGUCUGGACAAAGAGGCAAAUGUCACUGUCAAAUUAACUGUCAAAAGUGUGAGUGGGGUGGUAGAGAAACAAGGACAUACAUUGGAAAAGGCCAUGAAUCUGGAUGAGGUCAUGCUAGUCCCCUCUAUGGGCAUCAUGGGCUGUGUGGAGUAUGAUGACUCAUCCGGGUGUCACCUGCUGAUUGAAGUGGAGCCAUUCAAAUUUUUGGAAUAUCUCAGCUUCCAAUAUACG